GUCAUGACAGAAAGUGUUUAAAUUAGUCCGACAUGACAUGUUGUCAAAUCUUAUGAUUUUUUGUUUUUGUUUGUCAAUUUUUUUUUAAUUCUAACAUUAUUUCAAUUAGUUCACAAGAGGGCGCACGUCCGACCAAAACAGAAAACACCUCUCCUGCAGCGCACUAGGCAACUGCGGCCUGCCCAACAGCUGCUGCUGCGUUCUAUUUAUGACGUAUUGACACUAAUUUCAAAUGAUUUUCAGCGGUCGCUUUGUCGUGUCUAGUGCAGACAGACACGGUGUUAGGAAGCAAAGUCAUGUCUCUGAGUGAUGAACUGAAGAGAAAAGUUACUAAACGAGAUUAGUAUAAAUCUGAUUUUGUAUAAGUACUUUUCACCCCAUAGUUUUCAUUAUCAUUUUAUAUGUAGAGUUUUAAAAAGUGUGUUUCUAUUAGGAAAUCAAUGUAUUCUAGAUGACUACUUCAUUUCCAAAAUAGGCGAUGAGCUGGUCUGACAGCAGACAGUACUGCAGGGAUCGUGGAGCUGAUCUGGUCAUUAUCAACACUGAAGAGAAGCAGAGGUUCAUAUCUUCAUUAGUCAGUGAGAGAGUGUGGAUUGGUUUGUCUGACAGAGAGCAGGAGGGAAACAUGAAAUGGGUGGAUAAUUCAACACUGAAACAAGGGUUUUGGCUCAAAGGUGAGCCAAACAACGCUUACAAUGAGGACUGUAUUGAACUGAAUUAUAAUAGAGAGAAGCCGGGAUGGUCACCGCUGAACAGCUGGAAUGAUGAUCAAUGCUCUGCGAAGAAAAAGGGGAUUUGUGAGAAAUAGAGUUCAUCUCGUCUUGUGGUUUUGCUUUUAUUAUCUAAUAUAAUCAUUCUUAUUGUCAAUGCUGUUUCUGAUUGAGGUCCCUGCCUUAAAAAAAA